GGACUGGAGGGGAAAUGAGAAGUGGAAGAACGGAGAUCCGUGUGUUUUCUUUGAUGCCACUGUCACCACCCCUGGAAGAGUUCUUCAAGAGUAAGUGACAGGAAGGACCACAAGGAGCCAGGGCUGGCUCCCCCCUACAAGAACUAGAAGCCGAGGCCCGAUGUGCCCUGACUUGCUGCAGGUGUGGAGGGGCGAGGGGCACAACUACGUCUCGCACUUGAAGCUUCCGGGGCUAUAGCCCCAGCUGCUUUCCAGCGCUCCGGUGCUGCCUUCUCAGUCUCAAGGUUAGAGGGAAGACGCUAGAAGGUGUCCAAACACCAGCAUCUCAAAGAGAGAAAAAGAAAAGUCCGGGUGGAUUUUACUUCUGGGCUGAGAUGGAUAGAGAAGCCUCAGCUAAGCCCGGAGAAGGACAGUGUUUUUUGCAGGUCACCAAGCAGAGGGCAGGAUGGAAAUUGCCCAUCUUCCUCACGCUGUGCCUAUUGCAAGGUUCUGCUUUGGCCCCUCCACAGAGAAGACCCCAUCUCAGAUGCCUGCGGACCGUCUCUCUGCCCUCUGCACCCCGCCUCUGGGCCAAGGAAACACUCACUCCUUUCUCACCCCUCUGCGGGAGAGGGAAGACAUCCAUCGCAGACGCAAACGCACUGAAGGGCCCGAGGCUGGUGUCUGGGGAGCCUGGGGGAACUGUCACCAUCCAGUGCCAUUAUGCCCCCUUGGCCAUCAACGUAUACGAGCGGAAGUACUGGUGCCGUCUCAGCCCCCUGACGUCGUUCUGCCACACCAUUGUGUCCACCACCGGCUAUGCUCAUCUUGGCUACCGUGGCCGCGUGACGUUUGCAGACUUCCCGCAGAGAGGCUUGUUUGUGGUGAGGCUGUCCCAACUGUCCCCGGAUGAUGUGGGCCGCUACCGCUGUGGCAUUGGGAAGAGAAACGACAUGUUCUUCUUCAGCAUGAAUCUGACCGUCUCUGCAGGUCUUUCCAGCGCCGUCCCCCCACCCACUCUGGCUGCGGGUGAGCUCGUCGUGGCAUCCCUUGGAACAGCAACACCGGUGGCCAACAGAUGGACCCCAGCAACCUCCCGGAUGACAGAAAGACAAGGAACAGGAUUCCACAGAGUUGCUCUGACUCCAGGAACCAGGAAAACAACAGCUUCCGCUGAGGGCAGGCAGACCCCAGGAAAAAAUGGAGCAGCAGCUCUAGGGACAGGUAGUCGGGUAGAGAGUUCUGUCCGGACAACAGAGAGUUCGGCUUCAACCAUCGGAGAUAUGUCCAGUACGACAGAAGGUGUUUGGGUGUGGGACACCAACGGCUCAGUAGGGGAUUUGGGCAGGCCCAGCGAGGAAGGGAGGGAGAUAACAACUACUGAGGCCGAUAGGCCACAAGAAGAAGCAGAGAAGGUCAGAACAGCUCUGGAUGUCGUCGGGAAGGUCAUAGGGACCAUCAGGCCAACAACUCUGGUCUCAGAAAAACGGGUGCAGGAAAUCUUGCAAGAAGCAACAGCCAUUGCUAAGCCCCAAGCCCUGGGCUCCAUUGAAAGAACUACCCCAGCUGCAGGCGUGUGGACCCUGGGGCCCUCCAGCAGACAGGUGGCGUCUGAGGAGGGAGCUACCGCUACCGAAGGGGACCUAGACACGCCUGCUGGAUACAGCGAUCCCCAAGCAACACCAAGCCAGGCCCCGGCAGCUGGGCCCAGGAGGCCCCUGGGCAAGGGGUAUUCCAUGAAGAGGGCUUCUCCAGGAGCGAGAAACAUCUCUCGGAUCCUGACUCCUGUCUCUACGGUGCUCUUCCCCCUCACGCUUGUGGCUCUCGUCCUGUUGCAAAGGAGGCUCCGGAUAAACAGGACCUCUCAGGAGACAGAAGGGACAGCAGGGGUCACCUUGAUUCAGAUGACGCAUUUCCUGGAACUGAGCCUCCAGCCAGACCAGCUGCCCCACGUAGAGAGGAAGAUAUUCCGGGAUGAGUCUCCUCCUCAGGCCCGUCUGACUGUCCCCGAGAGGCACCCUGGCCCCCAAGGAAUGGAACAAUAAGCUGUUCAGUCCCCAUGGAAAGAGAGCCAGGACGAAACAGCAUGACUUCAGCCUUUUUUCAUCCUUCCUCCACCUAUACAGAGGGAAGCAAAUGGACUGGGGAAACAGAGGCUGGCCGUCCUUGGGCCUAGGAAAGUCAAGCAUUUCCCACAGCCAAAGGUGGUAUAUGACUCAAAGGAGGCUGCAAGAACGGAUUUCUUAAACAUCGGCGGAGGUCACCUAGGAGAGCGUGGAACUUCCAUUUCCGGGAGUUUGAAAAUAGAGGAGGCUUCCAAUUGCUACGAAUUCUAAGCCAUCAUUCCUACUCCUUGCUAGGCAUCCCCUUUUCUCAGGUCUGUUAGCAUUCAGCCUACUGCACACAUUUAUUUAAUCAUAUUCACGUACACGAGGCUUGCCUUCUCAAGAAGAUUCUAAGCUCCUUUAGGGCAGUAAUUGUGUUUGACCCACAUCACUAUGUCCCCAGAGAACUUCCAAUUCAGUAGGGCGCCCAGUAAGUAUUUGUGCUGAACGGCUGACCAGAGGGCAUGGGCUCAGUGGCCUCCGAGGUAUUCUGAGUCCCCCUUCACUCCCCUCCAGUCCCUCGGAGGACUCCAUAGGCAGGUGUUUUCUCCAUAGAAACGAAAAGGCACAACCCCCAUUCCUCAAAUCAUCCCCCCACAUUUGGGCCCAUAGUCAUCAUGCCACAGACCUUUUGACCUGGCAAAAUUUUCUGGGAUUUUCCUAAAUUCAUGGGCGAGGAGGGUAUUUUUCAGUAGAUUCUCACCUUUUUCAUAAAGCUCCUCUUGUUCAACGGCUUCUGAAUCCUUGAGAUCAAGGACUGUUGAUGAAGUUGGGAAAUGACCAUUGGGGGGAGGGAGGGGGUGGAUGACAGAGAAGGUGGCCAGAAGGAAUUUUAUGUGGAUUCUGCUUUUAUAACCUUUUCAUCCCAUGCCUAUUGGGGAACUUUCACUCCAUCCUUGGCCCCACUGUCUUUCAGGCAUUACAUCGGCUCUUUUGUUUUCCCGAAUCUGUUAACCAACUGUCUGAACUUCAUGUUUGGGCAAAGCAGCCUUUGAGCAAUGGAAGAGAAAGAAAAGGAAGGCUCCAAUGUCAAGUUGAGAAUUGUCAAGUGGACAUUUCCAGAAGGAUCAGCCCUGCCUCCUAGGCUGUCAGCAACACCAGAAACACUUUGUUAACACAUCCUCACAGCUGGUGCUGAACCCGGACACUCUCCCCAGAAAACCAUGGAGAUCUAGUCUUCAACUUUGGUGAGAGAGACCCCAAUGUUUUGGAUACGUAGGGAAGUUGAAAACAUCUGACCAAACAGAAUCACAGAAUUUCAGAGCUAAAAGGUCCUUAGAAGUUAACCACUCUAGGGUGAGGUAACUGAAGCCUUGCGGGGGAGAAGGAAGUUGUUUAAACCCAGUUAGGAAUAGAGGAAGGCUCAGAAAAGAGAGCUCAUAACCUUGAUUUAGUGCUUUCUCCCCUUGUCACUGCUAAACAAUGUAUCAAAGCAAAACUAGUUAAAAAUAAAUCAAUGACACCACUA